CGACAUGAAACAGCCGUUGAUCAUCAUCUGGACAAUUACCCACAGUGCCUUGUCCGUUCUUCCGGCCUCUUUUUAAUGCCAAUGCACGAUGGCCAAGAAAACUGACAAGAAGAAGGCUCGUUCAGCCUUGAACGAGGUGGUGACGAGAGAGUACACCAUCCAUCUGCACAAGCGCAUCCAUGGAAUUUCUUUCAAGAGACGCGCCCCUCGGGCCAUCAAGGAGAUCCGUAAGUUUGCCGUGAAGAUGAUGGGAACUGAAGAUGUGCGAGUAGACACAAGACUCAACAAGCACAUCUGGUCAAGAGGAGUCAGGAGCGUACCAUUCAGAGUGAGGGUACGUCUGGCCAGGAAAAGAAACGAAGAUGAAGACUCUCCACACAAACUCUACACACUUGUCACCCAUGUUGAUGUCCCCACAUUCAAGGGUCUACAGACUGUCAACGUUGACAGUGAAGAUUAGGUCGUCAACAUCAGGUCGCCAAGGAGUCGUCAGGAUAAGGUCAAAGUUCAGGUCAUCCAUGUCGCCGUCAUCAAUAAUUAAACCUACUAUGCCACUCAAGGAUUCCCAAUCAAGUACACGUACAUGUACAUUGUACUGGGACAGCAAAGAAUUCAUCUUCAAUGCUUGAUGCGUUUUAUUUAACGUAAAACUGAGGGAGUAACACAUUGAUAGUGUAUCAUUGUAUCAUUGAAUUGGCUAUCAACAAUAAAGAACAUCACCUGUACAACAAGGUUAUUGUAA